CUCCCCACAUGGCAGAAAAUGUCUGCGACUGAGGAAAAACAACAAGGCCACAGAGCCGGAGGUUACAAACAGAAGAACAAGGGACACAAACAUGGCAAGCACCGGACGAAAGGGGAAGUGGAUAGAGAAAAUAAAGGAAGAGUGUCGGUGACAGCUCUUACCAAGAAACAGAGGAAAGAGCAGAGGAAGAUGGACAGAAGACACAAAGCCAACCAGCUACGGCGGAACAAGAAAGACAUGGUCCUGACAGAGAAGCGGCGUCUCGGCAGCAGGGACGGUCCUCCUCAUCUGGUCGCUGUGGUGUCUCUUCACGCUGGUGUGGACGCCGGUGCUGUCACCAAACUGCUGCGUGGAGAGGGCGCCGGGGGUCUUCUUCAUCAGGAGCACUGUAUCACCGGCAUCAGUGACAGUUUUGGAAUGAUUCUGCCCCGGUUUAAACAGAGGUUCACGUUUCUAAGUCACAGCACAGCUGACAUCCACUCCCUGCUGGAUGUGGUAAAGAUUGCAGAUAGUCUUCUCUUUGUUCUGGACCCCACUGAAGGAUGGGACAGCUAUGGAGAGUACUGCCUAUCCUGCCUGUUUGCCCAGGGCCUCCCCAGCCAUGCCUUGGUGUGUCAAGGUGUGUUCGAUCUCCCCAUGAAGAAAAAGAUUGACUCGAGGAGAGCUUUGUCAAAGAUCACAGAGAUCCGUUUCCCCGACACCCGUCUCUUCGCUCUGGAUUCAGAGCAGGAUGGCAUUUUGCUUCUCAGACACCUGGGCACCCAGAGACAGAGGAAGCUCGGUUACCGCUCCAGACGUUCACACAUGUUGGGUCAGAAUAUCACAUUCACACCCAACACCCCUGCUGAGGGUACAGGUGGAAACACCGGCCUGGGAACUCUCUGCGUCUCUGGGUAUGUCCGUGGUCGUCCUCUACGGGUUGACAGGCUGGUGCACAUCUGUGGACAUGGAGACUUUCAGCUCAGUCAGAUUGACGCACCACAAGACCCUCUUCCCCUCAUCUUCACCUCCAGACCAGUGAAGCUGGGCAAGGGAGGAGACAUAAACAUGCUGGAUACCAUUGAAGACGAGGCUCCAGUGCGGGUGCUCAUGAAAGCCGACCCCUCCUCCAGGGAGAGUCUUCAGAAUGAGGCGGACGUGGAUCCCAUGGACGGAGAGCAGACGUGGCCGACGGAGACAGAGCUGCUGGAAGCUGAAGAGGCCAGGAAGAGCAAACGUGUAAUGAAGGUUCCCAAAGGAACGUCGGACUACCAGGCCACGUGGAUCGUUGACGAAGAUGAGGAGGAGAAUGGAGAGAUAGAUGAAGAAAGCAGUGAUGAUGAUGACGAUGAUGACGACAUGUUGGACGAGGCGAUGGAUGGCGAUGAUGAGGAGAUAAACUCUCAGGACGCUGGUUCAUGUGGUUCAGAGGAGGAGGAAGAAGAGGAAGAGGAGGAGGAAGUGUGCCCCCCCGAACGAGUUGGAGCAGAUCAGAUCUACGAUGAGCACUUGGACGAGACUGCAGAAGAAGAAGGCCUGAAACGCUACCGGGAGGCUCGAGCCAAUGUGCACUUUCCUGAUGAGGUGGACACACCACUCCAGGCGUCAGCUAAAAACAGGUUUCAGCGCUACAGAGGCCUCAAAAGUUUCCGCUCCUCGCCCUGGGACCCCAUGGAGAAUCUGCCUGUCGAUUACUCUCGCAUCUUCCAGUUCAAGAACUUUGAACGCACUCGCCACCGCAUUCUGGCUGAGGCUGCAGAAGUAGAGGAAGAGGGAGCCAUGGCAGGCUGGUAUGUGACACUGCACAUCGUUGACGUGCCUUUGUCUGUGAUGGAGAGCGUGCAGUCAGGCAAACCUCUGGUGCUGGUGUCCCUCCUUCCCCAUGAACAGAAGAUGUCCGUGAUGCAUGUCCUGGUGAGGAGACACCCUUGCAACACUGAGCCGAUCAAAUCCAAAGAGGAGCUGGUGUUCCACUGUGGAUUUCGGAGGUUCAGGGCCUCUCCCAUCUUCUCUCAGCACACCACAGCUGACAAGCACAAGAUGGAGCGUUUCCUCAGGCCAGAUGCCCCCACUGUGGUGUCAGUGUACGCCCCCAUCACAUUCUCCCCUGCAGGAGUCCUGCUGUUCAGACAGCACAAUGAUGGCAUCCAGGACCUGGUGGCUACAGGCAGCCUGCUCAGCUGUGACCCUCGGCGUGUCGUGCUGAAGAGGAUUGUGCUGAGCGGUCACCCGUUCCACAUCAACCGGCGCUCGGCGGUCGUCCGCUACAUGUUCUUCAACAGGGAUGACAUCAUGUGGUUUAAGCCGGUGGAGCUGCGAUCCAAGUGGGGUCGGAGAGGUCACAUCAAAGAGGCUUUAGGAACACACGGCCACAUGAAGUGUGUAUUUGAUAAUCAGCUGCCCUCUCAAGACACUGUGAUGAUGAAUUUGUACAAGCGGGUGUAUCCUCGCUGGACGUAUGACCCCUACGUGCCCUCAUCUUUACCCUGGGUGAAGAGAGAGACCCCUGUGGAGGAGGACGACUCGGACAUGGAGUAGUGGAGGGACCACAAUGCAAGAGACGUACAACCUGUAUUAAACAGUAAUACCCAACAUCCGUGUGUAUGUGCAAUGUGUAUUAAAUACAACAAUUUUGAUCCAAA